AUGCAAGUUGCCCGGAGCGCUCGGCUCGCCCGCGUCGCCGACCGUCGAGCAGUGCAGCUCUGCGCCAAGGACGGGCUAGUUGCUGCCUGCGUGGCGCCACGCCUUCUCCACUGCAUUGCCGAUGGCCGCGUUCACACCAUCGUCAAGGCGCCUGCCGCCAUUGUGGCCGUUGAGAUCAUGGAAGAUGCGAUUUUAGUAGCAACCGCGACGGGUCAUAUAUGGUCGGUGGCCAAGCCUACCGCCUCGGCGAAUACGCAAAGUACGCAUCAUAUCAUCACGCUCGCCCGCGCUCCAGACGCAGCGCAGGACCUCCUUAUCGACAAGCCUCUUGGGGCGAAGCACCGGCGGUCGUCCGCGAGCCCAUCCGUCGCACCGAUCGUGUGUCUCCCUGGUGUACAGUCGCUCUGCGCCAUCGACGCGUCUACUUUUGUAGCGACCAGCAACAUCUUUCCCACAACCGUCUUUUCGAGCCCGCACGCGCCGGUCGAACUCGAGGAGCUCGAAGGGGACCAGUCGACAUGUAUUGUCGCGCGGCCCGCCGCCGGCCUCAGCCGCUGGCUCCUCGCCCGCAUGAAGGCGCCCGAGACAGCCCAGCACGUGUUGCUCCAGGGCGACCGCGACGGCUCCGUGCGCUUUGCCGUGCUCAGUGCUGCGCGUGCGCUGCUCUGUGCUGGCGUGUUGUACGAAGCGUCGUCAGCCAUCCAAGGCAUUGUGCCUCUAAGUGCUAGUCUUGCGAUUGCAGACGCCAGCGGCAACAUGACGCUUCUCACGCCAGCAAGCUCAACCUCGUGGAAGGAAUCUGCGAUCCAAAGGAUCGCUUACGUACCUGGGUGUGCAGCGCUGGUGUACUGUACGCUGGACGGCGCACUGUCGGCGCGCGCCGUCUCCAACGACACGCUGCACCCGCCCGUCGCGUUGCCGCUGCCACCCGACGUUGUUGCGCUCUGCAGUAAUGGCGAGAGCGCCGUGACGUGCUUGAUGAGCAACGGUCAACUUCUUGUACUCAAGCUGCCGCCGUCGAUGGCCGUGGAGCCCAUGCACGAAGGCUACGGAAAGGUGGGCAUGUACCGUCGCGCCGGCACGGACCGCUCGAUCAAGGCGCAGCUGGACGCGAUCCAGGCUGCCGCUGACGCCAAAGCCUCGCUUCUCAUCACCUCCAAGGCGCUGGACCGGUCCUUGACGAACCUUGGGGCUGCGUUUGGUCUUCUCCAGCGUGUCCAGGCACACGGUCUCGCCAGUGUCGUUGCCUGCACAGUGACGACACGUCGGCGUCACGAGCCAUCGCUCGGGUUUGGCAGCGCAUCCAACGAGGACAUGCUGAUUGGCGUCACAUUCGAACCGACUAACGGCGCAUUGUCUCUGGAGCAAUGGGUGCUGCAUAUGACUGUGUCGCACAGCACCCUUGGCAGCAAUAUGCGCGAGUUCAGUAUACCGUGCCCGCCAUCUCUUGGGUCGUCCUGGUCGGCGCACGUGCCCGUGAUUUCCAGCGCGCUGCUCCGUGUCACGUGCCGCUUGGUAUUUCUCGUCAAGGGCAAAGACCCGUUGGUGCUGCCUCUUGACACGGUGGACGUGCAUCUGCUCGCACAAGCCGCGCCGUGGCCCGGCGUACCCCGGCAGUCGCAGCUUAGCGCGGCCAUGCUAAAACAGCUCUACGUACCGCGCCCCGGGGCGCCGUGUCCGCGCAGUCUGUGGGCCCCCGCGGGGAUGCUCGACGCCUCCAUUGCUGUGCAGCCUUUGGCGCCGCUUUUGUGGACACUGCACCUCUCGCUCGACGAUCCGAUCGUGCUCGAUGGCACGCGUGCGGUGCUGGGCGUCCGUGUACACUCGGGCAAUGUCGUGGUGCUUUUGGCUGACCACGUCGGAAGCGAAGUGCUGUUGACGCUGGGUGUUUCGGACGCGAGCGACUUGAGCCAUGUGCGCGCGAGUGUCCUGAGCCAUCGACCACCGGCAGCGGGUGGAGCAGCCAAAGCCGCACACCCAACGUGCGUGGCCGCGGGCUGCUACGAGGCGCUGUUGCAACUCGAAACCAAGUGGACGCACGCAUACGAAUCGUAUGUGGAGCUCUUCGCACCGCGUCGGAUCUGCGCAGUCGAAGCGCGGCAGCUGCUAGAGGCAUUGCUUGCGGUCGAAGCCCAGCUCUGCGACUUGUACUGGAAGGUGCGCAAGAUCACCAACGUACAUGCGCUCGCGUAG